AAGCAGUUUCAGAUCAGAAGACGAAAUCUAAUAGUCGGGGGAAAGGCGCUUAGACGCGUGUGAAAUGGAAAAGCUGACGGGCUUGUUGAGCGUAAAGGAAGUCACCAAACCAUAAAAACCAAACAAGUUGCUUCCUAACUUUUUUUUUUUUUUUUCGAUUUUUUUUUCGUCUUUUUUUUUUUUUUUUUUCCGGAUUGGUGCAAGAUCGUCCCCUGUUUGUGGCCAAUAUGAACUCCAGUUGAACAUGACAGUCUUCACAGGACUUCGACAUCACACUAGACUCUGAAACCCACCAGUCAUUGGAUAUAAUUUCACGCAUUUUUCAGACGUAAGGAUUUUUCGGGACACAUCGACUUGCGUUUUCACAGGGGGGAGACAAAAAAGAAAGAAAAAAAAAAGAAAAAAAAAAAAAGUUCUGCCCCCUGACUAUGGACAUGGAGGCAUCGAAUGGCUAUAUUGCAAGUAACGGCGACUGCUCUCCCAGGAAGGAGAACUCAAGAAUGCUGGUGGACCUGUCGACCAACACACCAAAUGGACAGCAUUCCCAAAGUCCUGAUUCUCCUGCUGCACAUACAAUCAAACAAGAGGAAGGUACCGAGGAGGAGACGGAGACACAACCCAAUGGUCCAGAUGAGACGGGUCACAGUGGUGAGGAAGGAUCUGGAUUGGAGGAGCCUAUGAUUGACAGCCCAAACAACCUACAAGACACAGGGCCGGGAACAGAAGCACAGAGUGAAGCAGGGAUAAGGCUGCCAAAUGGUAAAUAUAAUGGUGACAGGCCAUUCCAGUGUAACCAGUGUGGAGUGUCAUUUACUCAGAAGGGCAACCUGCUGCGACACAUUAAACUCCACACGGGAGAGAAGCCCUUUAAAUGCCCAUUCUGCAGCUACGCAUGCCGUCGCCGUGACGCCUUGACCGGACAUCUGCGCACACACUCAGUUGGCAAACCACACAAGUGUAACUACUGUGGGCGGAGCUACAAACAGCGCACGUCAUUGGAGGAGCACAAAGAACGGUGUCAUAAUUACUUACAUAGUGUCGGCAUGGACUCCACCUCCAAUCCUGGCCCAUAUCCAGGGGAAGUCCCAAAUGAGCAGAGGUCCCUGGAAUCAGCUGGCCUGGCGGCUUUCGACCGGCCGCCUGUAAUUGAAAGACUGCAGGGAAAUGUGGGUAAACGGAAGAGCACCACGCCACAAAAGUUUGUGGGUGAGAAAAUGGUUCGCUAUUCAUACCCUGAGCUGAACUAUGAGAUGGGUCUGAAGUUUGAGAAGGAAGCUGAGAUGAUGCAGGCCCAAAUGAUGGACCAUGCCAUUAGUAAUGCCAUCAACUACCUGGGAUCUGACUCCCUAAGGCCGGUUGUCCAUCACCCAUCCCUCUCCAUGGCUGAGGUGGUACCUAUGGUGAACCCUCUCUUCCAUCCAGUCUACCCGCUUGGCCCACGCAUGGAUCAGCCAAGCAGUCGUGAAGCUCCUCCUCUGCCCCACCCUAACCCUGAGUUCCCACACCCAACCAAUGGAGCGAUCUCAUUGAUCAGACCCAAGAAUCCUCAAUCAAGGCGAGACGGGUCACCUUGCAACAGCGGACAAGAUUCAGCCGAUUCGGCACGAAGCAGCCCCCGGGACAAGCUUAGUAUCAGCAGCAGCGCCGGGCCCAGGUCUAGAUCCAGUCCAGGUUUUGGGCGGGCAGAGGAAGGCAGGGCGAUAGAUACCGGGCGUAUUGGCAUCAGGGAUGGGGUCCGUGUCUUCAGCCGAGGGGGUCAGGAGCUGAGAGUGUUCCAGUGCGAGCACUGCCGCGUUCUUUUCCUGGACCACGUUAUGUACACCAUCCACAUGGGUUGCCAUGGUUACAGAGACCCACUAGAGUGCAACAUCUGUGGCCACUGCAGCAAAGAUCGCUACGAGUUCUCCUCACAUAUUGUCCGUGGGGAACAUACCUUUCGUUAAGUGCUUGACUCUCUUGACAUCAGCCAUACACUGCAAAAAAAUAAAAUACAAAUUUAAUCAGUAUUUUUGUCUUAUUUUCUGGCAAAAAUGUCUAAACUUCCUUAAAACAAGAUACAUUUACUUGAGAAGCAUUUCUUCUUGUUGUAAGCAUAAAUGUAACACAAUUUUUGAGGCUUAUGCUUAAAACCAGGCAACCAACUAUUGUCCAAUAGGUUAAGAAAAAUAAACUUAAUUCAAGAUAUACAGUAUUGUGCAAAAGUUUUAGGCACUUUGUUACAUAGUGAGGAUUUCUUUAAUUAACAUCAUAAAAAGUCCAGUAAACAUUAAAAAAGCUAAAUCAAUAUUUGGUGUGACCACCUUUGCCUUCAAAUCAGCUCCAAUUCUCCAGUUUCAAGUUUUUUGGAGAAUUUGCCACAGUUCAUCUAUCUAUUUAGGCUGUCUCAAUUGCUUCUGUCUCUUUAAUAGAAGCAAUUGAGUGAAUUUAAUAGACAGAGGCAAAUCAUUCCACAAUACAGGGGCUGCAACAGAAAAGGCAUGGUCACCCUUGCACUUCAGGCGAGACCGAGGCACAGUGAGGCACAACUGGUCAGUAGAACAUAAAGAUCUUUGGGAUUGAUGAAGGUUGAUUAAAUCUUUAAUGUACACUGGCGCCAAUCCAUGUAAGGCUUUAAAAACAAAUAGCAGCACCUUAUACUGGAUUCUAAAUUGUAUUGGUAGCCAGUGUAAUGAUGCCAAAACAGGUGUAAUAUGAUCCCUUUUUUUGGGGGGUAUUUCUUAAAAGCCUCGCCUCACUAAAGCAGAAGAUAUAAAUAACCAUCUUAAGUCAAAUGUUUUUGUGAAACAUCUUAUGUGCCUAAGACUUUUGCACAGUACUGUAUAUUUUUGAAAACAAAUCUUAAAGGGAUAGUUCACCCAAAAAAUGAAAAUCUGAAAUUAUUUAUUCACCCUCUUGUUGUUCCACACCCAUUGGACUUGCUUUCUUUCAUGUAGUACAAUAUGAGAGAAUAGGCUGUAUGUUAGCCUCAGUCACCAUUCACUUUUAUUGUAUGGGAAAAAGAUGCAAUGAAAGUAAAUGAUGGCUGAUGCUAACAUUCUGCCUAACAUCUCUUUUGUGCUUCUGGAAGAAGAAAGUAAGUUAUAGGGGUUUGGAACAACAUGAGGGUAACUAUUUUCGGAUUAAUUUCCCUCAAUUUCACCUCUGAAGUAAAUGUAUCUUGUUUUAAAGGUGCCUAGAUAUUUUAACUUGAAAACGAGACAGAAAUACUGAUUAAGAAAUUGUUUUUUGCAGUGCAAUCUGUAAUUCCAUGGACGUUUCCAGCAGACAGCAUGUAAUGAGGCAAAUAUGCUCACCUGAAGCAUUACGUGAGCAGCAAUCAGCAGAUAUAUGAAGGUUCCGGUCCAGUAGAAAUGUUUUCAUUUUGGAGCUGUUUGAAGAUUUUUGUUAUGGGUGAGGGGAUGAGUAUGUUUAUGAUGUGAAUAUUUCGUUUGAUUUCUUUUUUUUUUUUCCUUCACACAUAGAGAUUCCCAUUCUCUAUUUAAUUGUUGUGUACGUAUUACUUCUAGCAGAGCAGCUAUAUGUUAUCUAAAGUUGUGAAGUCCUUUCCCUUUUUGUUGACUAUAUUUUAUCAGAGUACCUUGAUGCAUGCUGUCAUUCCUGUUUCAUGGACCUUGAUCAUUUUUACAGGUAAACAGAACAAAGUAUGCCACAGAGGAACACUGGAGAAUUGAACAAUGCUUAGCACAGCGAACAAAAAAGACUUUAAUUCAUAGCUUCAUGCUGCUGUGGCUUCUCAGUGGCUUGCUGUUUUGAAUGGCACGAUUUUGUCUUUUUAUGGAGUGUUUUGUAUCUUUAAAUUGUCUUAUAUGAGGAGUCCUCCCUUUUCUAUAUGUUCCUGGGGCACCCUACUGAAGCAGACCUUGUUUAUUAAAGGGAUAGUUGACCCACAAAUGAAGAUUCCUCAUGUCAUUCCAAGCCUCUAUGACUUAGGAGAAAUUUAGAAGAAUGUACUGGUUGUUUUUAUCCGUGCAAUUACAAAGAAUGGGGACUGGAGCUUUUAAGCUUCAAAAAGGAUGCAAAAGCACCAUGAAAGCAUAAUGAAUGUGGUCCAUAGUACAUAAAUAACUUAUAGACUACAUAUAUAGAUGUCUUCUGAAACUAUAUAAUAGCUUUGAGUGAGAAACAGACCAAAAUUUUAAUAAAAAUUUUGUGUGAACUAUCCCUUUAAAGAAAUAGGGUUUUGUGCCGCUGUCCUCUUCCCACUCUCAUUCUCGUAUCGGUGCUAGGGUUGUCAUGGUACCAUAAUCAUGUCUUACGAUACUAUACCAGCUAAAGUAUCACGAUACCAAGUAGUAUCACGAGAUCAUAUGAUAGUGUGUUAAUUCUUAACACAGUUUGGCAUAGUGGUUCUUAGAAACUAGCCAUUCCACUUGUUGCUCUGGAAGUGGUGAAAAUAACUGAUGGAUGAACUAGGAGAAGGCUCAAAUGGACUAACUUGUUACCUAAUACAUUCUUAGUUUGAUGUAAAAAAAAACAAAAAAACUUUGCAGCAUCCACACAGCCAGUUCAAACGGCAAUGGCUUUAAACUUUUAUUCCAUUAUUCUGUGAUUAUUUGAACAUAAAAAUAAAGAUAGUGUAACGUUGAAAAGACUAUUUUGAGCAGCUUUUUCAUUAUUACAGCCACUUCAACCCCUCUCUCCUGGUAAAGAGCAGCAUGAAUGCAGAUUACACACACACCGGUUUGAUUGCAUGGCUCAGGGAUGUGAUCAAACCGUGACCAAACCGAUUUGGGCUGCGUUUCCGAAAAGCAUUGCAAGCUUAAGUUGAUCGCAGAGACCAUUGGUGCCAAUGCUUACGAUGCUUUUCAGAAACACAGCCCUGAUCAUAAGUGCGAAGUAUUUUUUGGAAAAAAAUAAAUGAGUGUAAUGUUCGAUUUUUCAGAGAAACGUUAAAUCUGUAAAUGUUAAGAUAAAGCAUUUAGGUUAAAUGAAGUGGCACUAACCUGUAUGUAUUCUGCUGAAGCAGUGAGAUGUGUCCGAAGGCGUUUAAUAAGGUUGCUGGUGUUUCUCCCUUUGGCUUGAAAUCUUUGUAGACAUUCACAGUAGAUGGGUUUUCCCGGUCUCAUCAGGCAAACCUCAAACUAAUUCCAAAUCUCGUUACGUGAAUUAAGUUUUUUUUUUUUUUUCUCACUGUCCAAAGUUUUAUUUAAAUCUAUUUAUAUAAGAUUUAAUAUUAUCCAUUGGGAGACACGACUGCCAAAUUAAGACGCUGGGAUUCAGAUGUGUGUGUGUGUGUUUGAAACAUGGGAAAACAAUACAUUGAAAAAUAAACAAUACCAUGUAAGGGGCAAAUUCUAAACAGCAUUUUUGCGCUCUUAAAAGGUACUGCGUGAAGGGGACGCCUCUCGAAAAGACUACCUUUUAAUGUUAUUGCAGACAUAGGUCUGAUUCAAAUGAAGGUUUUAGCAAAAAUAAUAUUUACUACCGCACAUACAACAUAACUUCCAGUACUACUGUGUUAAUGGAACUACCGUUUAAAAAAAUACAGUGUCUCCGCCAGUAUUUUGAAGCUUUACUAUCGUGAUGCGACCAUAGCACCAGUAUACCAUGCAACCCUAAUCGGUGCUAUGUAAAUUUUACAAAAGCAGUUCUGUUGGAUGGUCUGAUGAAUUUUUGGACACAAUUUUAAGAAGUGUUGAUGACAAUCUCCAUUGUUUCUCAGUGAUUUUAAGGGGAGACAGCAUGUAACAACAUGUAACUAGAGAUAUUUUGUCUUUCUGAUAAAGACAAAUGAGUUUCUGCGCUAUGUUUGUGCACUGUUGCACAGUUACUGUCAUCUCUUGCAUUCUUAUGCACUUGGCUGAAAACAGCACUGUAACAUGCCUUGAUUAACUUGUUUUUGCACUAUUAGCUUGAGGCCUUGGGCAAAAAUAUGCUAUUUCCAUGCUAUUGAUAAAGCGAACAAAGAUCAGUGUGUAGUUUAGCUAGUCACAGCACUGGUGUAAAUGUGAUUCAACAAGUGAACAAGUCACAGCUAGUACUUGUAACUGCUACACCUGUAGUUUCACCUACAUUAACAUGCUUUAACAACAGGGCUGCCAUGCAUACCUUUGAUUGAAAUUGAUGAAUUUCAUUCAGCCUUCAGACUAAAUGCCUCAUUAUUGUCUCUGAACCAUCUUAAUCAUUUUUUAAUUAAACACCUCUCACUUUCCUGUGUUACAGAAGACACUUUAGAUUAGAGAAGAUUUUUUAUUUUAUUUUUUUAUUAUCAUUUAUUUGGAAAAAAACAACAACCCUAUUAGCGGGCACAAUUCAUUCUUAGUGAGUCCAUUAGUGAACACAACCAUUAUAUUUUGUGAAUCAGGAGAGACAAACAAAUAACCAAAGCACUGAAAACAAAACGUCAAGUUAAUGGAACAUUGCAGAUCUUUAAAAUUGCAUAAGACUACAAAGACAUUUUUUACUUUGCUUAUAGAUUUUAAAAGAUUGCAGUCGAGAUUGUAUCGCUAACCCAUACUGCCUGAGAGCUUCGCAGAUAAAAAUGCGGUUUAUUAAUCAGACAAUGUUUAGCUCCACCAACUCUUAAAAAUGUUCCUUUGCUUGAUGCAGUGAGAUGCAGAAACCCCUUUGUUCUUUUUGUUCACAUUGUUUUCAGGGCAUUUAAAUAUGUGCAUAAAAUGUAGGCUAUGUAGGUAUGUUUUCAAUGUUCACGGACAUUUUUCUGUUUUCACCAAACCGUUUAUUUUCCCUUCCUGUUUCUCUUCCCUUUUUACUUGUUAUUUUCUUUCUUUCUUUCUUUUACUUUUUCACAUUAUCUGAAAAUGUUAUUGAAUAUUUACAUUUAGCACUCUGUAGCACAACCUGUAAAUUAUAUA